AUGUCUACGAAAUUAAGUAAAAAAACUCAAGGUGCAAGCCUUUAUAGCAUGUUUAUUGAUGCUUAUAUGAAAGCUCGACCCAACGAAGAGCGAAAUGUAAAACUUCAUGGUGGGCAAGCCGAAUGGAGUGAAAUAAAAUGCAAUGAAGAAUAUGUAAAAGAAAAAAUUGAAGAAUAUUUGGAAAUUUAUAAUGAAUUCUGUGCUGCGUCAACGCAACAUCUUGAACGUCCAACGUCACCGCGAGCUGUAAAGAAACGAAAAUUUAAUCACUGCCGGCAAGGAAAGAAAAACCGAAAUGAAAAUGAAACAAAUCAAGAAAAUAGUGAAAAUGGAGAGGAAGAUGAAGAAUGUGAUAUUUUUGUUAAUUUUAAUGACGAAGAUGAAGAUGAUGAUAAUGAUGAUGAUGAUGAUGACGGUCAAGAUGGAAAAAGGAGAAACAAAAGUAAUAAAAAAAAAAGUUCUAUCAGUAAAAAAAAGAAACCAGCUGAUAAAGAGUUAAUGGAAGAUUUAAAUAAUUUAUCGGAUUUAGCUGGUUUUGCUUUAAAACCAUUAGAAAAAGAUAAACGACAUCCAGCACAACAACGUAUUUUUAACGAAUUAACUGCUAUUAAUUCUCAUAUAGCUUCAUUAGUACAAGUUAAACAAAUGGGUUUAUUAACACCAGAAAAUACAAGACAAUUAAAACAAUUAAUGAAAGAUAGAAAGAAAAAAGCUUUCGAAUUAAGACGUCUUCAAGGUAGACAACGAGCUUCAAAUAAAUAUCGUGUUAAACGAAGAAAAAUUGUUGAAUAUUUAUAUGAAACCAAACCUGAACUACAUCCACAAUUAAGAAAAGUUUAUCGACCUGAGGGUGGUCGACCACGAAUUGAAGAACAAAUUCCAGGUUUAUUAGAAGCUAUUGAAGAAAUUGCUAAAGUUGGUGGUGCAAGUGACGAUCGACGAAGAUCAGAAAUUAUUCGACCUUGUUUAACUUUAGAUGAUUUAAGAGAAAAACUUCUACAAAGAGGUAUGGAUGUGAAAAGAACGACGCUUUAUUAUCGUCUCUUACCUCAUCGUGCAAAAUCAAUCGAUGGUCGUCGUCACGUAAAUACUGUUCCAGUUCGUCUCCGUCGUGCUCAAAAUGAUGAACAUGGAAAACAUGCAGAUGGUCAUUUUGCUACAGCAACAAUACGUUAUGUAAAAGAUUUGGCUUCUGUGUUCGGCAAUAAUUGUGUGUUAUAUUUAUCUCAAGAUGACAAAUGUAAAGUUCCUGUAGGUUUACCUGCAGCUAGAGUUCAAGCGUCGAUGUUAAUGCAUGUUGAUUAUCGCAUAAGUUUACCUGAUCAUGAUUGGAUAGUAGCACCCCGACAUCAAUUAAUUCCAAGUGUUUAUGCAGCAUGUCUUUUAUCCAAUGAUGGAGAUUUAGGUUAUUCAGGUCCAACAUACAUUGCAAUACGUUCAGCUAGACAUGAAAUGUCAACUGCUGAUACUCAUGCAGCAGAUUUUGAUCGUUUGGUUUGUUUAAAAGAAUUUGAAAAAGUUGCACGUAAUGAAAAAGGAGAAGUUAAACCGAUUGUUAUUGUUAAUGUUGAUGGCGGUCCUGAUGAAAAUCCACGGUUUCCAAAAACACUUGUUGCUAAUAUUAGAAAAUUUAAGAAGUACAAUUUAGAUGCACUUUUUGUUCUUACAUAUGCACCUGGCCAAUCAGCUUAUAAUAUAGUUGAAAGUCGUAUGGCACCAUUAUCUCAUGAUUUAGCUGGUCUUGUUCUACCACAUGAUUAUUAUGGUUCACAUUUAAAUGAUUCAGGCGUGACAAUAAAUGUUGAUUUAGAAAAAUUAAAUUUUCGUAAAGCAGGGCAAAUCUUAGCUGAGAGAUGGAAUCAAUCAGUUAUUGAUGGAUUUCCAUGUGUUGCUCAAUAUAUUAAUUCAUCAGCAACAUCAGAAGAUGAACGUCGACAAGUUGAUAUUAAAAUUAUAAUGGAUGACAUUUUAAGAAAAAUUUGUGCAGAAGAAGAAGCCGAAGAAGGACAUGAAUUUCGUAUUCAUGCAUCAGAUCAAUAUUACCAAGAAAAUGCUCGACCACCAAGGGAAAAAUUUGAUGAACAAUUAAAGUAUGACAUCGAUGAAUAUUGGUGUGUUACCCAUGUUGUACAAACACAAUAUACAUUACAAAUUAUUCGUUGUAACUCAGUCGAAUGUUGUGGACCAUGGCGUUCAAAUUAUUAUCGAGUAUUUCCUCAUCGAUUUUUACCAGCGCCAGUUCCGUUUGAACGUACAAUGCACGGCGUUAGAAUGGCAGAUAGAGAUUAUCAAAAAGGACAAUUUUAUGGAUCAUUAUUUCAACGAAUUCAAUUUCAUGGCAUCGUUAUUCAACAUACACAGGCUGAAAUGUUACCAUUCGAUUAUUGUUGUGCAUCAGUUAAAAAGGAAUUGAAAAAGCGUACAUGUCGAAUAUGUCAGCAAUAUAUUCCAUCAGCAUAUCGUAUGAAAAAUCAUUAUAAAAUUCAUGCACAACAUCUUGAAGAUUUUGAUCAUGACGACGAAGAUACAUUACCGGCACCCACAACAAACUUAAAUGCAGAUCAAUCAACAGCAGAAGCGUCCAAAUUAAAAACAGAAAUCUUAGAAUGGCUACAACCGGAUAUCGACAAUAUCGAUAUAGGAACAGUAUCAAAUGAAUUAAAAAGUGAACGUAUUACACGUUCUAUGAAAAAGUUAUGCGUCCAAGAAAACAAUGAUGGCGAUAAAAAUACAGACAGCAUAGCUCUUUGA